GGGGACUGCAUCUUCCGGUUGAAAGAGGGCCGAAAUCGCUGGGAGUGCAUUGCUUUCUUGUUGUGAUGUAUGUGAUGGGAUCUCGAAUCGAGUGAAGCUUGGAUUCUAUUGAUUGUGUCUGGUAUCCCAUUGAUUGGAUUGCAUUGCAUUUACAUAUUUAUAUUUCAUUGAGUGUUUAUUCUUAUAUUGUAUAAUCUGUCUGUUUUCCUUCGGUAUAUGGGAUAUUCGAGGAGAUAAGCAUUGUAUCUAUUAUAUCGUUCGACUGUUGCAGAGAAGACAUCGAGGUUGAGUCAAAAUGACGAAGACGUUUAAAGGUUCAGAAGUCUCAUCCCACAAUACACCAGAAUCCUGCUGGGUAUGCAUCAAUUCCACCGUCUACGAUGUAACGGAGUUUCUCCCCAAUCACCCUGGCGGAUCCAAAAUCGUUCUCAGUCUCGCCGGUAACGUUGACGCUACCGAGGAAUUCGAAAUGAUUCAUCCGCCCGGAACCCUCGAGGAGAAUCUCGACGCCUCCAAAAUCCUCGGCAAGAUUGACGUUUCGGAACUCCAACAACCAGUGGAAGAGAAAACAAAGAGCUCUCCGGUUGAAGCUGCGGGUCACAACGAUGGCGAUGAAGAUGCAAUUGAUAUAGACGCGGAUGUCAAGACCCUUCUUAAUCUCGAUGAGAUUGAGCAGUUGGCCACGAAAAAGAUUUCAAAUAAAUGCUGGUCAUAUUAUUACUCGGCGGCAGACGAUCUUUGGUCGAAGAGCUUCAAUAAUGCGGUAUACCGACAGAUUCUCCUGCGACCACGAGUCUUUGUCGAUUGCACAAAAUGUGAUUCCUCCACCACGAUCCUGGGACAGAAAGUUGGAUUGCCAAUUUUUGUAUCGCCAGCGGCAAUGGCGAGAUUGGCUCAUCCCGCUGGUGAACAGGGCAUUGCGAAGGGAAUCUCGAACUUUGGCGCUGUGCAAAUUGUGUCGAAUAAUGCGAGCAUGACCCCUGAGCAGAUUGUAGAGGGCUCACUACCAGAUCAGAUUUUCGGUUGGCAGUUGUAUGUGCAGAAUGAUAGGAAGAAGAGUGAAGCUAUGCUGCAAAGGAUUAAUGCUAUGAGUGAUAAAUAUAAAUUUAUCGUUUUGACUCUAGAUGCGCCAGUGCCGGGAAAGAGGGAACAUGACGAGAGACAAAAGGAUGUCGGAGCUAGCCUCCCUGUUUCUUCGGGAGUAAAGGCCAAGGAAAAGGUGGAAGAUAACAGUCCGCCAGCUGGCAAAGGAGGGGUUGGAAAGCAACUGUUUAUGGGAACAGCCGCAGAUUUGACUUGGAAAUCUACCCUAUCGUGGUUGGCUGAACAUACUAAAUUACCAAUUGUCUUGAAGGGUAUUCAAACCCAUGAAGAUGCAUACCUAGCAUCUCAAUAUGCACCACAAGUUAAAGGCAUUCUUCUUUCAAAUCAUGGAGGAAGAGCGUUGGAUACAGCACCACCUGCUAUUCACACACUCCUCGAGAUCCAAAAAUACUGCCCCGAGGUUCUCAGUAGGAUAGAAGUCUGGGUCGAUGGUGGCAUUAAGAGAGGUACAGAUGUAGUGAAGGCUUUAUGUCUUGGAGCUAAAGCUGUAGGGGUUGGCAGAGCUGCCUUGUUCGGUCUUGGGGCUGGUGGUCCAGAGGGCGUUGAAAGAACGUUUGAGAUCCUGAAAGCCGAAAUGGAAACUUGCAUGAGACUUCUUGGCGUGGAGAAGAUUAGUGAGUUGGGUCCCAAACAUGUUAAUGCCAGAGCGGUAGAGCGGGAUUUGUAUGAUGGACACCCAGGCUUGGAGAAAUUGGGAUUGUGGGUAAAAGCCAACUUGUAGAUUUUUUAAUGGAGAGUUGUAGGGUAGGUGGGUGGUCGUGCUAAUAUAGAUAAUUUGGGUAUUGUGUGUGUAUAUCGAUUGUAGAUGUAUAGAUUGCAGACAAGUUAAUCAAAUUUAUAAUCUCGUGUUAUUACACGCUCACUGGAAUAUAAAUCGCA